GGAUAUUGCUGCAAAUUACUGCUCUUCUUAGUGUUGAAAAGGGAAAGACCAUCUUCGAAAUGCUUCCAUUUCACCGUUUACAAGGUUUCAGGUUCAAUUUGACACCUGAGUUGCAUCUCGAUAAAAGCAGUGCUAUAUUAAGACACGUAGAUCAGGAAUCAGAGUCUGAAGAAGUUGAACCUCCUCCUUUUCCGCCCAUCUCCACAGUAGCAAGUGAUGAUAAUCAUAGUGACAAGGCCGUUUUGUUGAAUUCCAUAUCUACAAUCCGAAGAGAACUGUCAGAACCAUGCCUUGGUUGGCCUCUACUUCGAAGAAAAUCUCCUGCAAUCCAGGAGUUUAAGAAACAUGAAGGUAGGGAUACAUCUGUUGUGGAAUGGAUAAUGAGCCUACCUGAUCGAGUUACCUUGGCUGUCAACCAGAUUUCUUUGCAUUCGAAUCAAACUAGCUUCAAUGACAAUCGCAAGAAUGAAUAUGGUGCAGAUGAUUCAGUUUCUUCGAAUGCAGAACCAAAUCCAAAGCCUGGUUGGCCUCUUCUCCGCAUUACAGCUUCCACUACUUCUAUUGAAUCACAGGAAGACGACUAUGGUGUACAAAUAGAAAAUUCGUUGCCAGCACUAAGAAAGAUGCCGAACAACUUGGCGCUUCGUUGCAAGCAGUUCACACUCAGGGAGCUUAAGCAAGCAACUUCUGGCUUCUCUCCAGAAAACUUGAUCGGAGAGGGAGGAUGCAGCAAUGUAUACAAAGGGUUUCUUCCCGGUGGCAAGCCAGUGGCUGCUAAAAUUAUAAAAUCGUACAAAGAAGCUUGGAGUGACUUCUCCUUAGAAGUUUAUAUUGUUUCUUCAUUGAAAAAUAAGCAUAUAACGCCCCUAAUUGGAGUUUGUGUUGAAAAUGAUUAUCUCAUCUCUGUCUAUGACUUCUUUCCAAGAGGGAGUUUAGAGGAAAUUCUCCAUGGUCAAAGCAGGAAAUAUGUGUUGCCAUGGGAGGUCAGGUAUAAAAUAGCUAUAGCAAUUGCUGAGGCUCUAAAUUACCUGCAUAAUGAAUGCUCACCGCCUGUUAUCCACAGAGACGUAAAAUCAUCCAACAUUCUUCUCUCUGAUGAUUUUCAGCCACAGUUAUCUGAUUUCGGACUUGCCAUCCGGGGAACAAUGGAUUCAACCAACAUGAUUGAUAGCAAUGUGGUGGGAACUUUUGGAUAUAUAGCUCCCGAGUAUUUCAUGGAAGGAAGGGUAAGUAACAAGAUCGAUGUGUACUCCUUCGGCGUUGUGCUUCUAGAAUUACUAUCAGGAAGGAGACCGGUUAGUUCAAAAGAUGUGGACCAACAAGAGAGCUUGAUCCAAUGGGCCAAUGCAUUAUUAGAGAGAAGGGAUCUCCAAGGAUUUGUUGAUCCAGUAUUAGACGGAGAUUUCGACGUUGCUCAAUCGCAUAGAAUGCUUCUCGCAGCCACCCUCUGCCUGAAUCAGUUAGAUAUACAUCGUCCAGAAGUGAGCCAGAUACUGCAAGUAUUACAAGGGAACAAGGAACCAACAGAGGGCUCUGAUUUCCAUGCCGCUUACAUGAAAGUGUCAAAAAACCAGGAAAAUGAUGGACUUCGCAAACUACAAAGCUAUCUUUCAGUUCCAUUAAGUGACGAUGAUUCAACAUCAGAAUGCAAAAAGCAUACGGGAAGAUGCAAAACUGGAAAAAAACGACGUUUAAUGCUCAAGGAAUAUCUUAAAAGAGAACAAUGAUGUAAAUGAAAAUAG